AUGCAAGGCAAUGAAAUCAUCAACAAAAAUACCAUAAAAAUGUUGUACCGAAAAAAAAGAGAAAAGGAAAAGAAGAUUUCCAUUCCACAUUUUCCUAUCAUCAUUUAUGUCCUUUUUCUUCUCAACAAGCAUAGCACAGAAGAGAACAUUAUAGCACAGAAAAGCCAAACUCGAAGUUUUAACAAAGAAAGAAUAAAAUCAGAAGCAAGUAAGAAGAACGAGCGAUGUAUUUCGAUUCAAUCGGUAGCUGCUUCGAAAAAUGACCUUUUUCCAAGAAUUUGCUUACUUUUUCUUGGAAUAUGUCUAGUGCUUCAAUGCAUCAAUGGUGCUUCUGCCGGCCAAUUUUAUUCGAUGAACAGCCCCUUGGAUCAUGACGUCGAAUAUUCACAUCUACACACUCAAAUGCUUUUAUCAUUAUAUAAAACACAUAAAGAGAAAACAAAUCCAAAAGCAUAUUGUAUACAGAAAUAG